AAAUCAAUGCACAGAGCUUAGCUAAAUUAUUAGCACCACGUUCUUCGCAGAUCCUUUUGCUCUCUCAUUUUGUAAUAUCUCUUCUCUUCACAUUUCAACAUGUCUCGUCUUCUUUUUCUUCUGCUAUGUGCAUCAGCUCUUCUAGCCUCUUCAAUGGCUUCUGCUGCAAUUGUGGAACAUUCAUUCCAUGUGAAAAACCUUACUCUCCGGCGGUUGUGCAGUGAGCAAGUGAUAACUGCAGUGAACGGAAGCCUCCCCGGCCCAACCCUCCGCGUUCGAGAGGGUGACACCCUUGUGGUUCAUGUGUUCAACGAGUCUCCCUACAAUAUCACAAUUCAUUGGCAUGGAAUAUUUCAGAAACUGAGUGGGUGGGCAGAUGGGCCUAAUAUGGUAACUCAAUGUCCAAUAAUCCCUGGAAGUAGCUACACCUACAGAUUUAAGGUCAUCAAACAGGAGGGUACUCUCUGGUGGCAUGCUCACGUCUCAACUCUCAGAGCUACAGUUUACGGAGCUCUUAUUAUCCGUCCAAGAUCCGGCCAUUCCUACCCGUUCCCUAAACCCGACAAAGAAGUACCCAUCUUAUUAGGAGAGUGGUGGAAUGCUAAUGUUAUUGACGUCGAGAACCAGGCACUUGCUACCGGCGGCGCACCUAACAAUUCUAAUGCUUACACCAUCAAUGGAAGGCCUGGUGAUCUUUACCCUUGCUCUCAAAACCAGACAUACACACUUAAGGUGGAGAACGGAAAAACCUACUUGUUACGCAUAAUCAACGCUGCACUCAAUAAUCAGCUCUUUUUCAAGAUAGCCAAUCACAAGAUGACAGUUGUCUCCAUCGAUGCUUCCUACACACAACCUUAUAUCACAGACGUCGUUGUCACUGGCCCCGGCAUGACCACCGAUGUCCUCAUCACCGCUGACCAGCCAGUGGGGUCUUACUACAUGGCGGCCAGCCCUUAUGCGAGUGCUCCUGGCGUACCGUUCGAUAACACCACCACGAGAGGCAUCCUCAUAUACGAAGGCUCCACGGCCCCCACUCCUAUUAUGCCUCUAAUGCCGGCCACUAAUGACACUCCGACGGCCCAUAAGUUCUACAGCAACCUCACUGGACUUGCUGGGGGACCACACUGGGUGCCGGUGCCACGUCAAAUUGACGAGCACAUGUUCGUGACAGUUGGGGUUGGGCUUGCACCCUGCGGAGGGAAUGCUACAUGUCCGGGUCCAUUCGGGCAGCGAUUCUCUGCUAGCAUGAACAAUGAAUCUUUUCAGCUCCCAACAGGGCUGUCAAUGUUGCAAGCCUUCUUUUUCAACGUGAGCGGAGUCUACACUCCUAAUUUCCCCGAUGCGCCUCCAGUGAAGUUCGACUACACAAACGCCAAUAUCAGCAGCGACCUGUCGCUGCUGUUUACUCCCAAAUCAACGAGCGUAAAGGUGCUGAAGUACAAUGCGACGGUGCAGAUAGUUUUACAGAACACGGCCUUGCUUGCUGUGGAGAAUCAUCCCAUACAUAUUCACGGUUUCAAUUUCCAUGUGUUGGCUCAAGGAUUUGGAAACUAUGAUCCUGUGAACGACCCUAAAAAUUUCAAUCUUGUCAACCCACCAGUACGUAACACCAUUGGAGUCCCUGUAGGAGGAUGGGCAGUCAUCAGAUUCACAGCCAAUAAUCCUGGUGUAUGGUUCAUGCACUGUCAUUUAGACGUGCACUUGCCUUGGGGACUAGCCACAGCUUUCGUGGUCCAGAACGGACCCACUCCGGGAUCUACCUUGCCACCUCCACCGGCUGAUCUACCAAAGUGUUAGAAUUUGAAUCCGCAACUCUCAUUGUUACUGUUCUUUUCAUUUGCUGGGAUUUAUUCUUCGUUUAUAAGCUCUUAUUAAUUUCAAUUACAUUUUGAUUUCAUUGUUUCGUUGGAGCCAAAAAUCUAUUGCAAUAAUGUAACCAUUGGUCUAUUCUUUGUCAAUGGCACCAAAAUGGAAUUAUUUUAGUGUAAUGAUAUUGUUUUUAAGAUCAAUUAUAUAAAAUAAUAUCA